AUGUUUUUCAUUAGCCUCAACAUAAAUGUCUUCAGUUAUGCUGAACUCUUCUGGCACCUAUUGGUGAAUCGUUCAAAGCCAACUGGCCCGAUCGUGGAAACCGUCAAGCCCCCGCCAAUUAUCGCUGUGCCAGAUCAAGCGACGACGUCAUUGUUCGCUCUCAUCAUCGGCAUCAAUGAGUACAAUCCUGAAGACCUCAACCCUCUGGACGGGUGUAUCAAGGAUGCUACCGACGUGCGCAACUAUCUACUUCAAGACUUGAAAGUUCCGGAUUCGCAUAUCCGCUUCCUAACUAACGCGAAUGCCAAGCGCGCCGACAUCAUCAAGGCGUUCCUGGAAAUUCAAACCGACAAGCGUAUCAAGAAGAACGACCCGAUCUUGAUUUUCUUUGCAGGACACGGUGACGAAACUGACGCCCCGACUGGCUGGCCUUCUGGAGACGUAUAUAACCAGAUACAGAUGAUCAUUCCGCAGGACUACAGCACCAAUCCUGCAAGGCAGGUUCACGGAAUCCCCGACCACACUCUCGCAGCGUUACUGAACGGAAUUGCGAAAGAACAUGGGGAUAAUAUAACCGUCAUCUUUGAUUGCUGCCAUUCAGGAUCCGGGACACGAGGACGUCGUAAAGUCCGAGGCCUCACUAAAAAUCAGAGCCAACAUAUACCACAGGACCUUGAUCGUGACAUCUGGUACGCAGCGAGUGUGUCCCGUGGGUCGAGCACUGCACCAGGAUAUACUAGAAGAGGGUUAGCCAAUCACGUCCUUUUGGCAGCAUGCACACAGAAAGAAGAAGCGUCUGAUGGCGGCACCGGGGGUGGGGCGUUCACCCAGGCUCUCCUUCCUACUCUCAAGUCGUCCGGCGCGGAUAAACUCACGUACGCCUCUCUUCUCGAGAGGAUGGACAAGAUACCAUACCAAAACCCUCAGUGUGAAGGGGUGAACCAAAACCGCAUCAUUUUCAACUCCAAAGCACCUACAACAGGACGUGUAUGUUUCCCUAUCAAGAUGAACGGCAGCGCAUACGAGAUGCAAGCCGGAUCUGCACAUGGUGUCACAGAGGGUUCCGAAUUCGGUCUAUACAACGACAGUCUCACCAUCGACGACUCACCCUCCCUCUGCGUCUUCGUUGUUGCUAAAGCGGCUGACAUCGGCCCAUUCACCACAACGCUUCAGAUCAAAGAUACAUCCAGCGCCCCCGUCACCAUUCUUUCCGCGACUUCUUGCGUUUUGCAGACGAAAGCCGGGGAGGCGGAGGAUCUUUUGCUGUUUGCUCCGCUCGAUGAAAAACUUCUCAGCCUGUAUGAAACUCUGGCGAAAAUGAUGAAGGAGUUCCAUCCUGGUAAGAGGCAAAUCCGGCCUGUCCUAGAGAAGGAAAAGGCGAGACUCGGCCUUUCGAUUGUGAAAGACAGAAUAGCGUUCGACAUCCUUGAUCCGCGUCUCGCAGAGUACGGCUUGGCGCGUAUGCCUCAUACCGUAGCAAACGACCCGCAGGAGAUCAUUCCGGUCCUUCAUGGCGCUGCUCACUUCUAUUGGCAUCUUAACCGCGAGGUGAAAGAUGCUCUCGUCAACACCUCCAUCGAUAUUGAAUGUAAGACCCUCAAACCCACAAGUGAUUACGACUCCUCGGGAAAUGCAAUUUUGAAGCCGACUGGGGACAACCUCCUACAGCUCGGUGUCAUUGACGUCGUUGCGUCAGAUCGGACGAUGUAUGGAUAUAAAAUUACCAACAACAGCGCUCGCGAUCUCUACGUCAACGCCUUUUACUUCGACAACACCGACUUCAGCAUUGAAUCAAUCUACCAAUCACCAACAAGCGGUAAAUUCAAAACCUACCCCACCCUCCCCAAAAAUGGGAACUAUCUCACCCUCGGCUACGGCUCCGGCGGGGUUGAUCCAUUCACCUAUCAGCUAGAGGAAGGCACCGACAUUGACGUGGGGUAUUUAGUAUUCUUCAUCUCCUCGGAGAACGUCAAUCUCUCUACUAUCCCGCAGAAGACGCCGUUUGAGGGUCCGGGACGCAAGUCUGUUCCAGUGACGCCCCCUGCGAAGCCCAUUUACGGUACUAUCUUGGUGCCUAUUGUUCAGCGCCGUUAUCCAGUCCAGGGACAGUGAAGGAUCCGAAAAUUUGAAACUUCCGUUUGUGUGCAGUCGACUUUACUCGAGAAAUUCAGAUGGAGGUCUCCAUUGUUGAGUCUACGUACUUGGUGUUGUCUUUGUAUCUAAGACGUACUUGGUGUUGUCUUUGUAUCU